GAAGAGCUAGCGAAUGCAUUAGUAAGCUCAUCGUGAUUAGCGGGAAAAGUCAUUGAUUGAUGAAGUAGUUAAAAUUUGAAAGAAAAUGGUCGCCUUCAUGGGAAUUUCGCUGGCGUUGUUUAGGUGGAAUUUGUAAUGUUCGUCGUGCGCCAGUGAGGCUGAUCGGCACCAGGUCUUCCUUCGAGGUCGUGGCAAUGUCGAGAUAGAAGACAGCAAGCCCUUGUCAGUGUCGGCAUCCGCGGCAUCGAAACAAGAAAAUGGGCAACUGCGCGUCCUACCUCUCUUCGCGACUGCGAUCUCAUAACCUGCAAACAUCGAGCGCAGAUCGGGUAGGGCUUACCACAGACGAGUUGGUAUCCCUAGGAAUCCGAGAGGCCCAGUUGGCGGUAGUGACCACAUCCUCACGGACUCGAGCGUCAGUGCGCAACCGCCACAGAGCACAAGCUAGGGAGUAUCUGCGGGAUGCGCUUGGGCGUCCAGGGACAAGCCCGCAUUUGCGGUUACACUUACAAGCAGUACUGGCGAAGCUUGGUGACAGCGGAGCAGAAAAUGUGUCCGAAGAAUCGAGCUAUUAUGAUUUUUUUGUGAUUUGAUAGUAUCUGAUACUUCUGACGCCAUUAUAGAAGUGUUGCCUUCAGCAACAAUCUUUAUCUUGAGUGUCUAUAUUCGGUUUCGGUACAACAAACGACCACAAACGACCACACACUCUACUUAUCCACCAACACCAAAACCUCCACUUCUUUGUUUUUCUUACAGAGGCAUCAUCAUGAUGAUCAUCAUCCUGUCCUCUGACUCCUCCACUUCUAAGUCGUUAUCAACAACAGUCGCGCAGUCUCAGCGCUCGCGCAAGGCAUGCGAAACCAAGAGUUGGACCUGCAACUACGAGAACCCCUCAGAGGUCGCGAGGAUGUCGACUACGAGGACAUUUUCUUAGAAGAUAAAGUGGAUCCAGGUCCAGAGCCAGACACCUCAGAACUCAACUCCAGCGACGGUGAAGCAACUGUGGAAUAUGAGGAACUACGGUGGCGAGAGAGGGCUUUGCUUUAUGGUCGUAGAAGUAGUAUUGCUUUAUGGUCGUGGUCCAUUUGACAGACGGGCUUGAAAUUUCAAUUUCUGAAUAGUGUCGUGUUUGUCUUGCGCGAUUGUUAUUGUAGUAAGACGAAUCCUCCUCUUCAUCAUUUUUACGAUUACCCUGGAACUUCGGCUGUUACAAUAAAUAUCCAGACAACAACACUCUCAGUCUCAGACAAAACUCCCUGCCUCUAAGUCUUGCAGGACGUUGACUCAGAGAGCGAGGAGACCAGUACGCCACCCUC